AUGAACGGUAAAGGGUUUAAUUGGUCGAGAUUCAAGCUACCGCCUAUUAAGAGCAAACGGGGAAGGCUAUUUACUAGAGGGAUUAAGCCCGAGAACAUGUGUAUUAAGCCCGAGAACGGAUGUUGUCUGGAAAUGUACACGACCACUAAUUUACUUCAAAUCCUGUUUCAAUUCAUUCGAAGACAAUCUCACACUAUCCAUUUCUUCAAAAAGUUCAGAUCGAAGUAUAGGGGAACCCCUUUGAAGAUUGAAAGUCCAAGGAUAAAUUGCGUUCGUCGCCCGUCGACUGGGUAUGGCUCGUCAAUUUCGCCCGCCGUCGAAGGAGAAGUCGAUUGA